UUAGCAAUUUCAAUUAUUAAUAGGUACUUUCGUGUCACAUGAGGGCAAAAUGUUAAAGGUUCUGCUGGUUGGUUUCCUCAGCUUGCUCUGCUCGAUCACGUGUGAAGAGUUUGAUGUUCCUGCAAUAUACCAGCUAACUGAACCAGUAGACCAUGCGGAAGAGCCGACUUGGGACAUCAGAAAGAAUAUUCUUUUCUAUGUGGACAUGCACAGCGGCAGGAUCUUCAGCUACAACUACAAUACGACUGAAGUGAAUUAUGUUACACUGGAUGGAGAUGUGACUCCGGUGAUUCCUUCGCAAAAUGAUGAUAAUUUGCUGAUCGUGGGCUUGAAUAGGACGGUUCUGGCUGUUGAAUGGGAUGGAACCAAUGAAUUGGGAGAACAAAAAGUGCUGUCGCAUUUAGCAGAAGAAUACCCCACCAGUAGAGUGAAUGAAGGAAAAGCCGAUAAGCAGGGCCGGCUGUGGAUUGGGACGAUGGGCUGGGAAAACGAAACUACUGGCGCGGUCGAUUCGGACCAAGGAAUUCUCUACAAAAUAACCAAAAACACUCUGGAAAAUGCCACUGUGGAAAUUGCUCCUGUUAAUAUCAGUAAUGGCCUGGCUUGGAAUGCCGCCAAUGAUAAAUUCUACUAUAUAGAUUCUUUGUCACUUGUAAUCGCUGAGUACGACUAUAACGACACUUUAGGAACAAUCUCGAAUCGUCGCGUUGCUUUCGAUGUGCGCGAUUAUCCAGAAUUAGCUGGGCAUCCAGAUGGGAUGACUAUUGAUGAGGACGACAAUCUAUGGGUUGCCAUGUACUAUGGAGGCGUGGUUUUGAAAGUCAAUCCGACCAAUGGAACUCUUUUACAAGUUUUAGCCCUCCCUGCAAGAGAUGUUACCUCAACUAUGUGGGGUGGACCUAAUCUGGACAUUCUAUUUGUUACCACCUCAAGAAUUUCCCUAACAGAUGAAGAAAAGUUGAUUUAUCCCGCUGCUGGUAGUUUAUUUGCCGUUACCAACUUGAAGACCAAAGGCCGGCCCGUGUUCAAUGCCGAUCUGGUUGAUUCAAUUUGAAACUUUUAUAGCAAGAAACACGUCAGUUCAUAGAUACUUUUGACGAAACUUUUGUGAAAUAUUGGAUUUCAUUUGAGGAUUUGAACAAAUAUCCAUCCGUCCUAAAUAUUGUUGAUGAAUUUUUACUUACCAAAAAAAAUAAAAACUGCGUUUUACCAGUG